AUGUGCCAGAACGAAACUGCAGCCAACGGUUGGACUAGCACGCCAGCUAAUGCUGGUAAAAUAUUCAGUGGCCAGCCUUUCAACAACGACCCGGAGCCUCUUUCAAUCGACAGCGUAAAGUUUCCGUUUGACGAUCCUGUCGUUGCAAAGACUUUUGAAUAUGCACAGAAAACUUUACCUCGCGAAACUUUGCACCAUUCCAUGAGAGUCUACUUCUACGGAAUGGUCAUCACCAAGCAGCAAUUUCCCCAAAUUGCCGCUUCUCUCAAUCCUGCGACAUGGGCUUUGACAUGCUUGUUACACGAUAUUGGCACCACAGAAGAGAAUCUGACAGCAACGCGCAUGUCCUUUGACAUUUAUGGAGGUAUCAAAGCACUCGGUAUUGUCAAGGACUUUGGCGCUACUCAAGAUCAGGCAGAGGCUGUGUCUGAGGGAAUCAUUCGCCACGAAGAUAUGGGCGUAGAUGGGACAAUUACUUACAUUGGCCAACUCAUUCAACUGGCCACGACGUAUGACAAUACUGGCGUUCACCCGCAUGUUAAAGACUUUGAGAAGUUGGUUCACGACACUACUCGUGCGCAAAUCAACGAAGCUUAUCCCCGCCUGAAGUGGAGCUCAUUCUUCUCUACGUUCAUUCGCAGGGAGGAGACGUUGAAGCCCUGGUGUCAUUCGACGCAUCUUGUCGACUUUGACAAUGAGAUUGAGACAAAUGCCCUGAUGAAGCAAUGGGAGUAA